UGCUGACUUUUAUUUUGCACAAAUAGCAAAUUGAUUCUUGGAAACUUCACCAGUAAUCAAAGUCGGUCCUGGCCUUCCGAUCGUUUAGUACUCGUUUCUGUGUGGACAAUGGACCAGACUGUUCAACGUCUUGAGUACUCGUUCAGUUUUACCCAAUCGAAAACGGGCUACACGAGAAAAGGUGAAUAUAGAGCUGGCAUCUCCUAUCAUAUCAAGACACACGAAACUUCCCAAGAUUGAUUCGGCAAUCUCUUUCCUUUCGCGUCUUCCAACACAACCUACUUUUGAGAUACCUAGUCAUCCAGCGCAAAUCCGACUGGACUCGGUAGUCACAUGAUCGAGUUUUCAACUUGCACAAGUAUCGUCGAAUCGCGAAGCCGCUCAAACUUCUCAUCGGCUUAUUUGAGACACAUCGCACUCGAAGGAUCAUUCAACUAUGCCUCCUCACGCGCCUGGAGAAGGUGCAAACCUCGAGGACCGUCUUCGUGGAUUGAUCCUCAGUAAUGCAAACGCCAACCCAGAAACAAAUGGAGGCUCCCUAUCGACUUCACAGCAGUCAGGAAUCGACAGUGAUAAUAUGGUCCCUUAUUCGGAAAAUGUUCCUCCUCAAGAUACGCGUCUUCAGGACGCCUCUACUGUCGCCCAAACAUCCAAAAGUAAAAGACCAAAUCAGGCCCAACGAAGACAAAUGAAUUCUCAGUUGUCGAUCCCUAUCGAUCCUCGACCCGUUCAUGGAGCUCAAGCAGGACGCGGACCUGGACCUUAUGGACCUGCUCCUAGCACGCCUUGGGGCCCCGGACAAUUUAACAACCGUGGUCAGAUGCACCAAAACCAAAGAUCUCGUCACCAACAAUAUUCUCCGCGUUUCCAACAGGGUGGACCUGGAUCUCCAUAUUCUCCUCGAUCUCCAUUUCCUCAAGGGUCUCCACAAUCACCUAUGCCUCACUAUCAACCGGGCCCUAGUCCUCCAUUUCAGUCUCGACAAGGUCAAGGUCAAUUCCAGCAACCUCAACAAUCAAACCAUUAUUCUCGACCGCCGCCACCUCAAAACAGACAGCUUUACCAACCAGGACCCCAAAAUAUGGGUGGUCGAGGACGAGGAACCGGUCACUAUUCAGAUGAUACUGUAUCACAGAGCGCUCAUCUUGAUCGUUUGGUUCAAAGCAGUGUUCCUGAGGUUGGUGUUGAUGUGGAAGAAGAAGCAGAGAAAGAAGCCUUUAGAGCACUGAUUGAGAACGCGUGCCGAGAUGCAAUCACAGAGUACGAGCAACAAGAACUGGAGAAUGAAAAGUUUAACUCUCAAUCUGUCGAACUACAAUGUUUUGGCAGCAUGAGAUCCGGAUUUGCAACAAAAGCUUCGGAUAUGGACCUCGCACUGCUUACUCCGAAAUCUCGCCCAUCUCCCGACUCUCCAGAAUCUCCAAUUCCUAGAAUACUCGAAAAGAAGCUUUUGAGCUUAGGUUAUGGUGCUCGGCUUCUCACUAGAACCAGAGUUCCAAUCAUCAAACUUUGUCAGAAGCCUCCCCCGAAGCUACUUGCCGACUUGAAUGAAGAACGUCUGAAAUGGGAAAAAGGCUUCAGAGGUGACGAGGAGGAGGAUGAAGAUGAGUUCGAUACCGAAACCAUGACUACUUCCAAAGAUACAUCAGAGAAAGUCAAAGCCGAUCACUCUGCUGUCAACGUACCCCACGAGACCAAAGUAGUUAUGCAAGCUGAUAAAGUUUCAACUCUCAAGCAAAAACAUAACCAAUCUUUAGGUGAUUACCACAACCUAGCCAAACGCUACUUGAGGAAGCUAGGUGGUCGGGACGUGAUGGGCAGCUCACCACCCCUCAGCGAUGAAGAAGGCGAUAUACUCAACAGUGUAUGCAAAGAAUUCAUCAUAGGUCUGUCAUCGAAAGAAUUGUCAUAUAGAUUGCAGACUUAUCAAUCGAUAUCUCCUCUAUUCGACUCCUCGAUGCCUCUCUUGCUACGCUCACUUCAAGGUGUUGUUACUCAAGCCGAGGGCGAGCGGUUGGCCAUGGCUUGGGACUCACGUACUGUUUUGGAAUCAACCGAGGCCCGAGAGUCUGAAUAUUCCGAGUGGGUGCAGUCAUGGCGAGCAAUGCAGGGCGUUCUUGGAAAUGUGACGGAUCCGGUAGUGUAUAACAAACAGUUGUACUUCGCCUCUGAGAAACUCAAAAGAAUCUCUUCUCUGCAACUGGCAUUCUUGGAACAAAUCCAGCAUGAAGAACCGGUAUUCUACCAUACUAGAGCCCAAAGAAUCAUGGAUGACUUGUGUGGGAAGGACCAGGCAUUGAGUAGCGAAUUUACUCCGCUGCUUGUUGCACAAUACAUCAAGGGCAUUGGAAACCAGCAAAUCCGUGCAGCCCUUCAAAACUGCGACCUGACUGGACUAACUCUACAACGAGUUGCUAUCCAACACCGAGCUUUACAUCUGGCGAUCGAUUAUGAGCAUGCCUUGAAAUCUAGUCUGUUUGAUCAAUAUCGAGAAGAUGUUGAGCAGUACAUUGCUUUACUGCGAAACUUGAAACUGGACAAUAGUGAAGGACCUGCGACUCGCAUCGACGAUGCUCUACUUGCCAAGAUCCGAAGCCUACCCGAUCCUACAGAGAUAUCACCCAGCAAACCACGAGACCGAUACAAGGACCACUUAGAAUUCCCAAAGAAUGAUGCUGGAAUUCAAUGCGAUAUCAAUUUCUCAGCCCAGCUUGCUAUCCACAACACUCAACUCUUACGCUGCUACUCUGUCAGUGACCCUCGUGUUAAGCCCAUGAUACUAUUUGUGAAGCAUUGGGCAAAGAAGCGCGGAAUAAACACACCAUAUCGCGGGACACUCAGCAGCUAUGGUUAUGUCCUCAUGGUCCUGCAUUAUCUGGUCAAUGUAGCUCAGCCCUUUGUCUGUCCGAAUCUGCAACUCAUCCAGAAGGAGCCUCCCAGAACGCUCUCACCAGCCGAGAUCGAGGCACGUUCGAUGUGCCAAGGUCGAGAUGUUCGCUUCUGGCGUAAUGAAGCCGAGAUUAAGAAUCUUGCGGAUCGAAAGAUGCUCAAUCACAAUCAUGACUCUAUCGGUCUGCUCCUUCGCGGGUUUUUCGAGUAUUUUGCGCAAAACGGACAAAUGAGCAGUGUUCCAGGCAGAGGUUUUGAUUGGGGCAGAGAGGUCCUGAGCUUACGAACACCUGCUGGCAUCUUGACCAAGCAAGACAAGGGUUGGGUUGGUGCGAAGACGGUAAUUGAGACGACUAUAGUUGCAGCACCACCAACACCAUUGACAGCAAAGCCACCCUCGCCUACAGAUACCACGGUAGAAUUCACCGAGGACGGUACAGAAGUGAAGACUCCUAAAACUCCUAGGCCACAAAUGAAGACUUUGGAGGAAACCAAGGAAAUUCGCCAUAGAUACCUUUUCGCCAUUGAAGAUCCAUUUGAGCUCGAUCAUAACGUUGCCAGAACAGUGACACACAAUGGUAUUGUGAGCAUCAGAGGCGAGUUCCGUCGUUCAUGGCGAAUCAUCAAGAGUAUUGGCAAGCCUUAUGAAGGGCAGGAAGGUGGAUUGCUCGACCCGCUAUCAAAAAAGGAUAGCGCUCUACAUGAGCUGUUGGACAUUCUGCAUGGUCCUACUCCAAAAACCGAGGUCGUAAAGGAUGCGUAAGAAGCUUGACAUUUUGAAUGAGUCAUGCAUGAUGAGGAAUGUACGGUAGCCGGGUGGUUGGGUGGUUGCAUCAAACGGAGUCUGCCAUUGACUGGCUUUGGAGAGGCGCUUAAAUCAUGGUAAAAGUCACAACUAGGCAAACAGAAAUAGAGUCUGCG